CCCCGCAGCGGGCGGCGCGGGGAGGCUCGGCCGCGCUGCAGCCUCCGCGCCCGGCGCCCGGCGCCACAGCGGCCCCGCUCCCGCAGGGCACGGCAGCGGCCAUGCCCAGGCGGAGCAUCGCCGAGGUGAAGGUGCUGGACGUGCAGAAGCGGCGCAUCCCCAACAAGCACUAUGUGUACAUCAUCAAGGUCACCUGGUCCAACGGGGCCACCGAGGUCAUUUACCGGCGGUACAGCAAGUUCUUCGACCUGCAGAUGCAGAUGCUGGACAAGUUCCCGAUGGAAGGAGGCCAGAAGGACCCCAAGCAGAGGAUCAUCCCCUUCCUGCCAGGGAAGAUCCUCUUCCGCCGGAGCCACAUCCGCGACGUCGCCGUCAAGCGCCUGAUCCCCAUUGACGAGUACUGCAAGGCUCUGAUCCAGCUGCCUCCCUACAUCUCCCAGUGCGAGGAGGUGCUGCAGUUCUUCGAGACACGGCCCGAUGACCUGACCCCCCCCAAAGAGGAGCCCAUUGGAAAGAAGAGGUCUGCAGGGAUUAUCCAGAGAACGGCCUCUUUCCUGCAGAGAGGAGCUGACGGGGCCUCGGCCGAGCCCCUGGUGCUGGAGCAGUAUGUCGUGGUGGCCGACUACCAGAAGCAGGAGAGCUCGGAGAUCAGCCUGUGCGUGGGCCAGGUGGUGGAGAUCAUUGAGAAGAACGAAUCAGGCUGGUGGUUUGUGAGCACGCUGGAGGAGCAGGGCUGGGUGCCAGCCACCUGCCUGGAGGCCCAGGAUGGAGUCCAGGAUGAGUUCUCAAUGCAGCCUGAUGAAGAGGAGAAGUACACGGUUAUUUACCCCUACACUGCCAGAGACCAGGAUGAGAUGAACCUGGACAAAGGGGCCGUGGUGGUGGUGAUCCAGAAGAACCUGGAGGGCUGGUGGAAGAUCAGGUACCAGGGCCAGGAGGGCUGGGCGCCCGCCUCCUACCUCAGGAAGGGCAACGGGGAUGUGCUGCCCGCCCGGCCGGGCUCGGGCUGCUCGGCUCCCUGCAGCGCCCUGGACCUGGACGGCGUCUCCCGGCAGGCGGUGGCGGCCGGCAGGGACAGGGACAGGGACAGGGACAGGGACGGGCCGGGGGCCCAGAGGGAUGCCAGGCUGGAGAGCCGUGCCCCGCCCGGCGCCGACAUCCGACGCAAGUCACCAAAGAUGAGGCAGAGGCCACCUCCUCGCCGAGACCUCACCAUACCCCGUGGUUUGAACCUGCCUAAGCCUCCCGUCCCCCCCCAAGUGGAAGAGGAGUAUUACACCAUUGCUGACUUCCAGACCACCAUCCCUGACGGCAUCAGCUUCCAGGCAGGGAUGAAAGUAGAGGUUAUUGAGAAGAACCUGAGUGGCUGGUGGUACAUCCAGAUCGAGGAGAAGGAGGGCUGGGCCCCUGCCACCUUCAUUGACAAGUACAAGAAGACCAGCAACGCCUCCAGGCCCAAUUUCCUGGCUCCCCUUCCCACCGAGAUGGCCCAGCUGCGGCUCGGGGACACCGAUGGCAGUGCCAGCGAGGAGGGGACAGGGCCCUGCCGGCCACUGCCAGAGGCUCCUCCCAACGGCAUGGACUGCACCGGGAGGUGGGGCAGGGACUGGAAGGGGAAGGAGGCUCCCGACAGCGGGGACCUGUCCUUGGCCGGGGGCUACGAGGAGAUCUCGGACCGUGACACGGAGGAGAAGCCCAGCCUUCCCCCCAGGAAGGAGUCCAUCAUUAAAUCAGAAGGAGAGCUACUAGAGAGGCAGAGGCCUCCCCCCAAGCCCCCAGGCGUGAUCUUGCCCAUGAUCCCACCCAAGCAGUCGGCAGCCCCCAAGGACGGCAAGAAGCCGGAGCUCAGGCCGGAGAAGGGCAAACUGUUCCAGCUGAAAAACGAGAUGGGACUGGAAUGCGGACACAAGGUGUCAGCCAAGGAGGUGAAGAAGCCAAACCUCCGGCCCAUUGUCAAGCCAAGCAAGCCAAAAGCUGAGCCUGUGGAGGACAAACCUGAGCCCAUGGCCCAGAACCCGUUCCUGAAGUCAAGACCUCAGAUCAGACCAAAGCCCGCUGCGUGCCCCCGGGCCGACCCAGCCCCGGCCGAUGACAGACUGGACAUUUGCAGCCUGCGGAGCAAGCUGAGACCUGCCAAGUGCCCAGAGAGACCCUCGGAGCAGGACCCCACCGCCGGGGACGGCUCCUUCAGCAACGCCGCGGUCACUCCAGAGGCUUGCGGGCGGUUUCCGGAGCGGCCGGGCACCGAGAGCAAAGCCCUGCCCAAGCCGGACAGUGCCCCCAAAGAGGCACUGCCCAAACCUCCCCUGGGCCCAGCCAACCCCCCCUGCGGCAGGGACGCCCCUCCGCAGCGCCCCGUGGUGCCCCCUCGCCGGCCACCCCCUCCCAAGAAGAUGGGGGCUGCUGUCCCCGUCCCCACCGAGCCCCGGGCCCCGGCGCGGGAGCCCCCCGAGGCCAGGCCCUCUGCGGCCCCGGGGAGGCCCAUGCUGGUCCCUCCCAAAGCCAAGCCCUUCCUCUGCGCCUCCCUGCAAGACGAAGCCAAAGGCAGAAGCAGCAUAAACCCAAAGGUCGUCUCCAAGCCCGUGGAGAGGGGGGAGGCCAAGGACAGGGCUCCCAUCUGCAGCCCGGAUGUCUCCAGGGAAGCUCUCUACGUGGCCAUGGCGGAUUUUGAGGGUGACGAGGAGACCAACAGCUUCAGAGAGGGGACUUUGUUUGAGGUUCGUGAGAAGAACAGCAGCGGCUGGUGGUUCUGCAAGGUGCUGGCUGGGGGGCCGUGCUGGGAGGGCUGGAUCCCUUCCAAUUACCUGCGGAGGAAGCCGUAGCCGCUCCUCGGCCUGCGUGGCUGGAGGCUCCCUGGUCUCUCACCUGAGUAUUUAAUGAGCAGAUUAAUUUAUGGUUCUCUGUGAGGCUGACUUUAGAAGAAAAGAGAAUAACUGAGAUCCCACGCCUCCCAGCUGGAGCUCUUGGCAGCAGCUGGAGGAAGCAGCCCGACCUCCUCCUCUCUCCCAUCCCUGUGCUCCCACCCAGCCUCCCCCUCACAUUCCCCACAGGACUUGGCUGCCCUGGGUCUCUGUGCUGGGGAGAUGCACCUUGAGGGACAUUUUGCCACCUCUGUGGUGAACUGGAGAGAAAUCCAGCAGCUGCCAGGUGGGAUGGUACCAGUGAAGGAAUUCACAGAAGGAUUUGUCUCUCCCUGAAGCUCAGGGUCACUGUCAAGUGCUGCAGGGCACGUUGCUUAGUCCAGGGGCAUAGCAGAGCCACGGGGAAUGUGGCAAAAAGGAGGAAUGAUUGCUGAGAAUGGGCUGCUGCAGCUCUGGUUAAGGGCUGUGCCCCUGCACGGGGAUCAUCCCUUGGUCCUUCCCUGCUCUACGAUGACAAGUGUUAACUUCAACAUUCUCCUGGUCGAACAAACAGUGAAAAACACACCCUCAUUUAACAGGUCCUGCCUGUGCUGGUCCAGGACAGCUCUCAGGCUUCUCCCCUGCAGUACUGCAACCAAACAUCAGAGGGGUUUCGCUUCCAGAGCUGAGGAAUUCUAUGCAAGGCGCAGAGGAGCAGAACGACCCCCAAAAACCCUGGAAAAGGGAUGCUUUGCUCUGCUCCCCACACAGACUGCCCUGCCCGUUGGACUAGGAGGGGACCAGCCCUUCCCAGGACCCAGCGAGCUCCCCGGGCUGGCGGGCAGCAGCCGGAGCCGGGUCCUUCCCUCGGUGCUGAUAAGAUCAAGUGCAAUCCACGGGAGCUCAGCUCCUCAUCACCACCAGUUCCGAGGCGUGUCUGGUGCUCAGGGGCUGCCUGCCCUGUUGGUCACCCCACCUGCCUGUCCUCCAGGUGCUUGCAUCUCACCUGCGGGCCAGGUUGGCCUGGGGGGGCUUCUGGGCAAGCAGAGCCCAGGAUUUUUCCAUGCUGACAUUCCUACCUUGCUCUCAGUGCUGCUUAUCCCAGCAGGAGGAUGAGCAGGGAUGAGCUGUUGUUCCCCAGUGCUGCUUUCUUCCUUUCUGUCCUUGGCUGUUUGCAGCUUCAGGGCCACAUUUCUCUCCAGAAGAGCUUUAAACCCGGAUUUCUGUGGGAUUCACAGAGUCACAGAAUCCUUGGGGCUGGAAAUGGGCCUCUGGAGAUGGUCCAGUCCAGCCCCCUGCCAAGGCAGGGUCAGGUUUGGUGUUGACCAAGCCCUGUUGCCCUCUCUGGUCUAAUUGCAAGUGUGAGCAGUGCAGCCACGUUGUUUUGCUGCUGAAAAUGAUGACAGCUUUCCCUCUAAUCUGAGGCUGGCUGAAGUGAAGGAGCAUUCCCCACUCCCCCAGAUACUCGCUUCCUUCUCUCUCCCAUAUUUUCCACCCUGGGAAUGUGGAGUUGAAGGUCUCUCUGUCUGCAUACACAAGAAAACAGCGGUGCCUCUGGCCAGGAUCAUUCUGGGAGGGCAAUGGGGCAGUUUGAUCUCAUAGAAACCCUGACCAACCGCAUAUCCAGAAGCCCCCAAAUUCAUUUUUUUAGCCAUGGGAACUCAUGCACGCUGGUGUGUGGCUGAUUCCCUCCCACCUGCGGUUUUCUCGGUGGCACAUCAGCCCCUGCUCAGGCUGACUCACCUGAGCUGGCAGGAAGCGCCGCAUUUGCAACCCGGAGCAGUAACAAAGCUCCUUGCGUGGCACCUGGGGAGGUGUUGAUGUGCUCCCGGGAGAGCUGCUGGUGGGUUGAGCGGGCUCCAGUCAAUCCCUUCCUCUUCCCAGAGGAGUGGGGACAGGAUGAGUUAAGCCAGAGCUGCUCCACAGCCCAGUCCAGCUCCCUCUGGAAAGGGCUGGACCUGCCUCCCUGCCCCUGACACAGGCUGCAAGGGCUGUGUCCUUUUCCAGGCACCGUGUCCUUGCCCUGCCUUUGCCUUUUCAUCCCAGCUGUGUCUCAGUGACCUCUGUGCCCUGGCUCUCCUCAGAGAGGGCUGUGCUCUCUGUGUGGCCUCGCUGUUGGCUCUCCCCUCGCAGCCCGAGCCUCGGAACUGGUGGUGCUCCCUUCUCCUGACACAAGUACUGUAUUUGGCUGGCUGAGCGCGGGGCAGGGUCGCUCCCUCCUUCCCAAAGAGCUUCCAAGGGGGAGUGCCCCGGUGGGGUCACCCUCAGGGGUGCCCACCCCUGCAGCCUUACCCUUCUCCUGUGUGCCAGGGGCUGGCCCAGCUGCUGUGGGGAGAUGCCAGCAGCCACUGGGCUGCCAGGGCUUUGUCCCCUGCCUGAUUUGUGCCCCGAGCCAGGCUGCCUCUCCUCCCUGCACCUCCCUGCCUACCUCGUGAGGAGGAGGAGGGUGGCCCAAAGCCCCCCAUGCUCGGGGCCAGCCCCCAGCAGCCACAGCCCAGCCUCCCAGAGCAGCCCUGAGACCAGGGGUUGUGGCAAGGAGGGGACAGGAGCUGGGAUUUGGGGACAGGCUGGGCUGGGUGGGCAUCAGCCCUCAGUGCCCAGCUCCUGCCAGGCUCCAAAGCCCAUUUCUUUGUCCCUGUGUCUCUAUAUUAUGUAAUGUGUAUAGAUCUCCAUUACUGUGGGUGGGUGGGGGGCAGCAGAAGGUAGAUGUAGCUGUGUCCAUGCCCUGUCUAUACCUUCACCUUUAAGGGAUGGAUUUUUUUUUUUAUUUGUUGGGGUUUGGGUUUUUUUUUUUCAUUUUCUUUUUUUUUUAAAGAAAUAAAAAGAAACUGCUUGACUGGUUUCAAGCACCCAGGUGAACCCGUGUGUAUGGCUGGUGGAAUUCUGGGGUGCUGCUCUCGUGUCCAGGGCUGGUUUGGGGUCUGUCUGUCUGUCUGUCUGUCUGUCCAUCCUGGCAGCUGUGGACCUCAUGGGGACCCUGACAGCUCCUUGGUGCCCAAACUUGAGAUCCCAACAAACGGGGCAGUGGAGUGUGGGGGUUUGUACCAUGAGCUCAAACCAGCAGAGCUCGGUGAUUUGGGGGAAAUGCAGAGAGAAAAGGAGGCAUUGCCAGACCUGAGGGGCUGUGGGGGUGCUGGGUGGCCAGGGAUCAGCUCUGGGGAUAAAGGGAGGCAGCAGAGUGUCUAAAAAGGCAUUUUGGCAUGAAUUGUCAGGCUCCUUCAGCACCUGGAGCGAGCGAGGGGUUUGUGUGAACACUCGGCUCUGGCAGGGUGGAGUUGUGGAUGAAUUUUUCCACUCCACAUGAAGGAAAAGGGAAAUGGAAAUACAAAAAGGAAAAAGGAAAAGGAAAUGGGAAAAGGAAAGAAGAAAGGGAAAAGGGGAGGGGGAAUGAAAGGGAAGAGAAAAAAGGAAAAGGGGAAGGAAACAGGAAAUGGAAAAGGAAAAAAGAGAAAAGGAAAAGGAAAAAAAAAAGAAAAUCAGCCCUCCUCUUGUGUCUGCCACAGCCCCAGCAGGGCACAGGAGGGGCCCAGGCUGGAGCUGCCUUGCCUGAGAUUGGAUAAGAAAUUUGGGGCUCUUUGUGAGGGCCAUUAAACCCUUUCACCGCUGCAGCCCUGAAAUGCACCCUUGUCCCCCAAACCUCCAAGGAUUUGCAGGGUUAAAUUUGCAGCAAAGCCUCCCAGCCCAUGGAGGGAGUGAGCACUGGGCACUGACUCCCAGUGCAAAGCAAAGCUCAGGAAAGAUUUGUAAAGUGUCUUUUUUUUUUAAUUUUGGAAGGCCCUGCCCCUCUGGAUCAUAUCAAGGCUGGUUCACUCCCCAGCUCAAACUCUUUGAAGCACUCCAGAGCACUCUGUACAAGCCAAAGGUUUAUUUGUUUCAUAAACAAGUCAAAUUAUAUUCAUGGAAAACAGGUAAAUGGACAAAAGGAAAACACACAGCACUGAACACUAUAGAGCACUGACAUGUAGAGGUGCAGCUCCCUCCCUCGUGCGAUGCCCUCCCUCCCCAGGCCCCCCAAAAAUUUGCUUGAAAAGCCCAAUACAGAGGUCCAAAAUCUGAUUCAGCUUCAACAAGAUAAUACAGGUCACAGUAUUGAAUCAUAAAGGUAACAACAAGAGAGGAACUGCCUCAGAAAGGGGGAGAGGUAAAAGAGUUCCCCCAUCUCUUUCCUUUCUUCCUUUUUUCCUUUCAUUCUUCAAUUUUCAAACAAAGGUUAAGGAGGAGAGGA